AUGGAAAAUUCAAAUAGUUGGUCAAACUUGAGAAAUUUUGCAUACACAGGAAGACAAUUGCUACUUCCACCUAAAAGUAACUUCCAGUGCAUUUUUCCAUCCAAUGCCAGUUCGAUUGUCGGCUCAAAAUGUUUUCCAGAGCCUAAUGGGGGACAAGUACACCAUCAACGCACUUCAUCGGCUAGCUUGCUGUUAGAGGAACAACCCUCUUGGCUUCAGGAACUCCUUGAUGAGCCCAAGACACCUGUGCGCAGAGGUCAUCAACGUUCAUCAAGUGACUCUAUCGCAUGCUUGGACGGAGCAGCUAAGACAUUUGGAGAAGAUGGAUACAAGUUCAAAAAUAUUUCUUCUGGAGCUUCUAGGGGAUCUCCUAGCUUUGAUCAUCAUAAAGUUUUGUCACACGCUUCCUUUUAUGCAAACUCAAGCACUUCUGGUACACAACAAAAGAGGGUGUGUGAAUCAUCCUUCACUUCUGUCACUUGCUCAAACGGCCUUUUGUCUACAAGUGAUGGCAUUAGUUCUCAAAACUCAGGAUCAUCAUGCCCUCCACAGGAACCUAAUGGCCUGCCAUUUAAAGCCGUUGUAAAGAAACAUGGAGCACAUCUGGAAGGCUCUUCGAUAAGAAGAGAUUGCUUCCAUCCUAAUCCUUCAGCAUCGAGGACAGAUUCAAAACGUCCUAAGCAGCAAUUUACCCAACAAUCAUGGAUGAGGAAACUUCAAUAUAUAGAUGAACUGGAAAGAAAUGUCCAAGCUUUGCAGGAAAAAGGAUAUGAAGUUUCAGCUGCACUUGAAUUUCUCGACCAGCAAAUUCUUAUUUUGGGCAUGGAAAACAGGUCCCUCAAGCAACAGUUGGAAAGUUUAUCUCGGGAGCAAUUCAUAAAACAUUUGGAACAUGAUAUGCUACAGAGAGAAAUCGUAAGGCUUCGAUGUUCGUACGACCAGCAGCAACAACAGCAUCAACAGCAGCAACAGCAGCAGCAGCAGAAGCAUUCUACUCAUCGUUGA